ACAUUCCUAUCAAUCCCAACAUUCUUUGCAAAACCAAUACUACAUUCUAAGCUUAUUCUUCUCACUAAUACAAUGGCUGCCUCUUCAACAGCUCUUUCUUCCCACUCUUUCGCCGGACAGGCAGUGAAUCUCUCCCCCGCCGCCUCCAAGUCAGCCGGAAACGGCAGAGUCUCAAUGAGGAAGACUGCAGGCAAGAAGCCUGCCGUCUCCUCCGGCAGCCCCUGGUACGGCCCCGACCGUGUAAAGUACCUCGGCCCAUUCUCCGGCGAGGCCCCAAGCUACCUCACCGGAGAGUUCCCCGGAGACUACGGAUGGGACACCGCCGGCCUUUCUGCUGACCCCGAGACCUUUGCUAAGAACCGUGAGCUCGAGGUCAUCCACUCUCGGUGGGCCAUGCUCGGUGCACUCGGCUGUGUCUUCCCCGAGCUUUUGGCUCGCAACGGUGUCAAGUUUGGAGAGGCCGUCUGGUUCAAGGCUGGUGCUCAAAUCUUCAGUGAAGGUGGACUUGACUACUUGGGCAACCCAAAUUUGGUCCAUGCCCAAAGCAUAUUGGCCAUUUGGGCUACCCAAGUUUUGCUCAUGGGAGCCGUUGAGGGUUACAGAAUUGCUGGUGGGCCCCUCGGAGAAGUGGUCGACCCAUUGUAUCCUGGCGGUAGCUUUGACCCGUUGGGACUAGCAGACGACCCGGAAGCAUUUGCUGAGCUAAAGGUGAAGGAGCUCAAGAACGGCAGACUCGCCAUGUUUUCAAUGUUCGGUUUCUUUGUUCAAGCUAUCGUCACUGGAAAAGGCCCGUUGGAGAACCUUGCCGACCACUUGGCCGAUCCCGUUAAUAACAACGCUUGGGCUUACGCCACCAACUUUACUCCUGGAAAGUAAAGUUAAGAAGAAAUAUUCCAGCGCCAAGUUUUUAUUUAUGUAAAUAUGAUUUGAUGCUGAUCCAUGGUUACGAUUUUUAAGAAAUUGAAAUGACAAAUUCUCUUGCUCUCAAA